AUGGACAUCAUAAAAGACAUGGGAUUUGACAAGGUAAAAAUAGCUCCAACUCCACUUCCAGCAGGCCUAAAAUUUAUUUCAGAGUCUGAGGCAACAUUAGAAGAUCCUUCCAAAUAUAGAAGGCUUGUGGGAAGGCUUUUAUACCUUGGAUUUACCAGACCGGACAUCAGCUAUGCUACUCAGCAACUUAACCAGUAUAUCCAACAACCCUAUAAGCAACACUGGAACGUAGCAGUUGACCUUGUUAGAUAUUUGAAGGGACAACCUUCUUCAGAUUGGACAGCUUGCCAAGUAACAAGAAGAUCACUAACGGGAUAUUGCAUAAUGAUGGGAAGCAACCCAGUUUCUUGGAAAACCAAGAAACGAAGUACAAUGUUUAGAUCAUCUGCAGAGGCAGAAUACAGGAGUAUGGCUACCACAUCUUCUAAGUUAGGCCUGACCACCUUCGAUACAAGUCCAACUUGCAGGGAGGCUGUAAAACUUGAUUCUAGCCACUUGGAUCUGUCUAUUGAAGGAAAAGAGUUGCAGAAAUAUGAGGCUGAAGAAGACAGUGAACAAUAG